UCACAGAACAUGAAAGACUGGACUCAUGGAACAAAACAAGCAACACGAUUCCGUUCUUUGAGCGUGCCGUGUUGUUGUGAAAAUUUAAGAGUAUAGGUUCACAACGGGCCGUUGGAUUUUUUUAAAGUCUUCUCAAGUGUGUUUUACCGAGUCUUGUGCAAAGACGUUUUCGCGUUGAGUAGCGGUAUUGGAGGAGGUGGGGCAGGAGAAGUUGGCUUUGGAUGGCCGUGAGUGCGAUAGCGGGAGCUGGCUGAGACACGUCCAGAUCUGUGGGUCCGAGCUGCAGCACAACCUGAGAGCCUGUCAGAUACAUGAGCAGGUGUUUUAUCGUGUGACUCGUGAGGUCCAGUCUGGUGAAGAGCUCUUACUGUUCAUGAAGGCUGAGGAGUUUACAUGUGAGAGCAUGGCUCCAGAUAUCCACGAGGAGCGUCAGUACCGGUGUGAGGACUGUGACCAGCACUUUGAGUCGGGUUCCGAGCUGUUGGACCACCAGAAGCACGCGUGCGGAACCCCGCCCUCCGGUUGCUCCAUGGGGGAGCAGGGCCUGCCCAGUGCAGGGGACAGCUGUGAACUGGACCCCCAUCAUCUACACGCACUCCCCUUACACCUGCCCAACUCACCGCAGGAAUGUAAGGAGUGUGAGCAAGUCUUCCCCGACGUACAGAGUCUGGAGGCUCACUCUCUCUCUCACUCUGAGGAAAGGGAGUAUAAGUGUGACCAGUGCCCCAAGGCUUUCAACUGGAAAUCCAACCUGAUUCGCCACCAGAUGUCACAUGACAGUGGCAAGCACUAUGAAUGUGAAAACUGCUCUAAGGUGUUUACAGACCCCAGUAACCUGCAGAGACACAUUCGCUCUCAGCACGUGGGGGCUCGCGCCCACGCAUGCCCCGAGUGUGGCAAGACGUUUGCCACUUCGUCCGGCCUCAAACAGCACAAACACAUCCACAGCAGUGUCAAGCCGUUCAUAUGUGAGGUUUGCCACAAAUCCUACACGCAGUUCUCCAACCUGUGCAGACACAAGCGCAUGCACGCUGACUGCCGCACGCAAAUCAAAUGUAAGGACUGCGGUCAGAUGUUCAGCACCACCUCUUCCCUCAACAAGCAUCGCCGUUUUUGUGAAGGGAAGAACCAUUUCGCCGCCGCAGGGGGGCUCUUUGCCCAGAGCAUGGGUUUGCCGGGUGCCCCCGCCUUGGACAAGUCCACUCUGGCAGGAAUGGGACAUGGCAGUGCCGGACUGGCGGACUAUUUCGGAGCCAACCGGCACCACGGCGGACUGACCUUCCCCGCCGCUCCGGCAUUUUCCUUCAGCUUCCCCGGGCUUUUCCCGUCCGGACUGUACCACAGACCGCCUCUCAUUCCGGCCACAUCUCCCGUGAAGGGUCCCCCUGUUUCAGAGCCUAGGAAAAGCCCAUUGCUGUCUCCGGUUCCAGGAACUCAGGGUCCACACGACCUCCUGAAAACCUUCCGGAAAGAGUCACCAAUUAGGGAGGGAGAGGGAGCAACCCAACAGAGGGAGGGCUCCUCCAAACAAAGGCACGGGGUUAAGCUGAGCGACCAGUCGGAAAGCAGCGACCUCGAUGACGUCAGCACGCCGAGCGGGAGCGAGUUGGAGAGCACGUCGGGAUCCGAGCUGGACAGCGACCUGGAGAGCGAUCGGGAACGGGCUCGGGAAAACGGGAAAGGGCCCAAGAGGAAGUCCAGCGGAUCCAACUCCGCCCAGAGCCCCACCGUUGUCAGCAGCAGCACCAGUGGACUGAAGGAGUUCCCUGGCCCGGGUCUCUUCCCUCCACCUCUGGACGAACACACUGCUGUCUCCGGGGCCGUUAACGACUCCAUCAAGGCCAUCGCCUCCAUUGCCGAGAAGUACUUUGGCUCCACAGGCUUGGCAGGGCUCCAGGAUAAGAAAGUGGGGGCCUUGCCUUACCCUUCCAUGUUUCCACUCUCCUUCUUUCCAGCCUUCUCUCCACCGGUUUAUCCUUUUCCCGAAAGAGAGCCCCUCAGACCGGCGGCCCACAAAAGAGACCAAGACAACCUCUCAGCAGAGUCAAAGAGGGCUCAAGGUCAGACCGCGGAGUCGCCGUUCGAUCUGACCACCAAACGCAAGGAAGAACACGCAGCCCCGGCCUUUGCCCAAUCCAAACCCGAAGCCUCGCUUACGUCGACCAAUCAGGACCAGCCGUUGGACCUGAGCAUGGGCGGGCGAAACCGAAACAGGAGCACCAGAGGCGAGGAGUCAAGAAAGAACCACGUGUUUGGAGAAGACAUUCCGGAGGCGGAGCCUCCCAAAGCAGACCCCUCCCUCCAGCACCCAAGGCCCAGCCCCUUCUUCAUGGAUCCUAUUUACAGGGUUGAGAAAAGGAAGAUGAACGAUCCGUUUGAGGCUCUCAAAGACAAAUACAUGCGACCGGCUCCAGGAUUCCUCUUCCAUCCACAGUUUCGCAUGCAUGAUCAGAGAACCUGGAUGUCUGCCAUCGAGAACAUGGCGGAGAAGCUGGAGGUGUUUGGUUCGUUGAAACCAGACGCUGGUGACCUCAUGCGUUCAGUCCCUUCCAUGUUUGACUUCAGAGCUCCGCCCUCCACUCUGCCCGAAUCACUGCUACGCAAAGGAAAGGAGCGCUACACCUGCAGAUACUGUGGGAAAAUAUUUCCACGAUCAGCAAAUCUGACCCGCCAUCUAAGGACACAUACAGGAGAGCAGCCGUACAGGUGUAAAUACUGCGACCGUUCGUUCAGUAUUUCCUCCAACUUGCAGCGUCACAUCCGUAACAUCCAUAACAAAGAGAAGCCCUUUAAAUGUCACCUGUGUGACCGCUGUUUCGGACAGCAGACCAACCUGGACCGUCACCUCAAGAAACAUGAGAACGGCAACCUGUCAGGAACAGCGCUGUCGUCUCCUCGUUCGGAGCUGGACAGUAGCAGUGCCAUACUGGACGACAAAGAAGACUCGUACUUCAACGAAAUUCGCAACUUUAUCGGCAACACAGGACAAAACCAGGCAUCUCCGCAGCACUCUGAGGAGGGGAUGAAUGGCGGCCAUUUCGAAGAGGAGAAAGCUCUCCUGCCCAGCCAGGGGUCACAUGACCUGGAGGAAGACGAAGGAGAGGAGCUCGGGGGUGAGGAAGAGGACGGAGAGCAGUGCGACGCCGCGGGGAAACCCGGAGACGAGGCCCCUCCCGGCGACCUGAACGACGAGGUUGCCCACGAGGACGUGGACUUUGGCAGGCCGAACGACUUGGAACUGAACUGCAAAUCUUCACCGCAAAGGUUUGAUGAGGAUGAGGAAGAGCAAGGAGGAUUCUCUGCUUUAGAUCACAUUCGCCACUUCUCCAACAUGCAUAAAAUGGACGACAGCGAAUUCAGCGACUGUGACGUCACCGGCUUUGGCUCCACCCACCUGACUGAAGCAGUGAAGCAACCCCUGUACAGAAAGUCCAAGUCCCAGGCUUAUGCUAUGAUGCUGUCUCUGGCUGAUAAGGAUCCUCUCCACUCCCCCACUCACACGCCAGCGACCAUGUGGCACAGCCUGGCACGGGCCGCUUCCGAGUCUAGUGCCAUCCAGUCACUGAGUCAUGUAUGAUGCCCCUGUACCCAACCGACCGCAUAACCCCCUUUUUUUGACCCCAUCAAACGCCAUUCGACCGCAGGCGCUGGGACCCAGUCCAGCCUCGUUCCAGACUGCUGAGCUUUCCCCUGACACAGAACCAUGGCCCGUAGAACCGCUCCGCUGGAGACGCCUUACUCAACACUACUAUC